GGCUCGCACUUUAAGACUUCCCGAGCGGCCGAGGGGACGCCAGUCGAGUCAGGAGACGCCUACCUGCCGUUUCCCCGUCGCCCAGUGCACUUGGCUGCAAGGGCUCUGCUACCGAGGGGACCGCGACACUCCGCGAAGUUGGAACCGGCGCGCGCCGUCCCAGCACUGUCUUCCCUCGGAACGUGGGGGCGCCUCGACGAUUCCUCCCCUCAACUGUCCGCUUCCUGCGCCUCCGAGCCGGCCCGGGAAAGGUGGGACGACCCGGUUCUAGUUGCGGAAACGGACCGCGCCGGGCCAGGAGCGUUCGAAAAUGCCCCGCGCGUUCCUGGUGAAGAAGCCGUGCGUCUCCACGUGCAAGAGGAACUGGAGCGAGCUGCCAGAUGAGGAGCGCGGCGAGAUCUACGUGCCAGUCAGCCUGGGCUUCUGCCCACCACAGCCCUACCGGGAGCCAGAGCCAUCAGUGGCCGAACCCCCUUCCUGCCCCCUGGCUGUGGACAUGAGCCUUCGGGACUCCAGCUAUAGUACGGCCCCAGGAGCCUGCGUGGUGGCCCAGCUGCCCUCUGAAGAUGUGGGCUGCCUGACUGGCCCCCAAAGCAGAGAUCAGGGCUUCCUACGCACCAAGAUGAAGGUUACCCUGGGGGACAGUCCUAGUGGAGACCUCUUUACCUGCCACAUCUGCCAGAAGGCCUUCACCUACCAGCGUAUGCUGAAUCGCCAUAUGAAAUGUCACAAUGAUGUUAAGAGGCACCUGUGCACAUACUGUGGGAAGGGUUUCAACGAUACCUUUGACCUCAAGAGACACGUCCGAACCCACACUGGAGUGAGACCCUACAAGUGCAGCCUGUGCGACAAGGCCUUCACCCAGCGCUGCUCCCUGGAGUCUCACCUCAAGAAGAUCCAUGGUGUGCAGCAGAAGUAUGCGUAUAAGGAGCGCCGGGCCAAGCUGUAUGUGUGCGAGGAGUGUGGCUGCACGUCUGAGAGCCAGGAGGGCCACAUCCUGCACCUGAAGGAGCACCACCCUGACAGCCCGCUGCUGCGCAAGACCUCCAAGAAGGUGGCUGUGGCCCUGCAGAACACUGUGACAUCCCUACUGCAGGGUAGUCCCCACCUCUGAGCAGCUCAGGC